CCUCUUCGCCAGGUAACCCCGACUCUCCUGGCAGUCCUAACAAACGGUAUAUACUACAAUGGCGAGCGAUCCCCGACUUAGUGACAAGGAAAUGGCGGCAAUCAAUGCCGCAGCGGUAACACGAGAGUAUCGCGUUAAACCUCAUCUCGACUACCGAACUGUAUCUGCUAUCAACGGUCCUCUAGUUGUGUUGGACAACGUGAAGUUCGCAUCGUACAAUGAGAUUGUACAAUUGACGCUCCCAGAUGGAUCGAAACGCGGUGGCCAGGUGCUCGAAGUCCAGGGGAAGAAGGCCAUCGUGCAGGUAUUCGAAGGGACCUCCGGCGUUGACGUCAAAGCGACACAUGUAGAGUUUACUGGGAGUAGCAUGAAGCUUCCUGUCUCUGAGGAUAUGUUGGGCCGUAUCUUUAACGGUUCCGGUAAUCCCAUCGACAACGGUCCCAAGGUGUUCGCGGAAGAUUACUUGGACAUCAACGGCUCACCCAUCAACCCCUAUUCUCGUAUAUACCCUGAGGAGAUGAUCCAGACGGGCAUCUCGACCAUCGACGUCAUGAACUCAAUUGCUCGCGGACAGAAGAUCCCGAUUUUCUCGGCGGCAGGUCUCCCACACAACGAGAUUGCCGCCCAGAUCGUGCGACAAGCAGGUCUCGUGAAGGGGCCAAGCAAAGAUGUCCUCGAUGGCCACGAAGACAACUUCUCCGUCGUGUUCGCAGCGAUGGGUGUCAAUAUGGAGACUGCACGGUUCUUCAAGCAGGACUUCGAGGAGAACGGCAGUCUAGAUCGUGUGACGCUCUUCCUCAACCUGGCCAACGACCCAACGAUUGAACGUAUCAUCACCCCUCGUCUGGCGCUGACCACUGCGGAGUAUUACGCUUACCAGCUAGAGAAGCACGUCCUGGUCAUCCUGACUGACAUGUCCUCCUAUGCUGAUGCCUUGCGCGAGGUUUCCGCUGCCCGUGAGGAAGUGCCAGGUCGUCGUGGAUAUCCCGGUUACAUGUACACCGACUUGUCGACCAUCUACGAGCGCGCAGGACGAGUAGAAGGCAGGAACGGCUCCAUCACCCAAAUCCCCAUCUUGACCAUGCCCAACGAUGAUAUCACACAUCCGAUUCCAGACUUGACGGGUUACAUCACUGAGGGGCAGAUUUUCGUCGAUCGUCAGCUGCACAACAGACAGAUCUACCCUCCAAUCAACGUCCUGCCGUCCCUGUCCCGUCUCAUGAAGAGUGCCAUUGGCGAGAAGCUUACGCGCAAGGACCACGGCGACGUGUCUAACCAGUUGUACGCUAAAUAUGCUAUCGGUCGUGACGCUGCCGCGAUGAAAGCGGUCGUUGGCGAGGAGGCACUAUCGCCCGAGGACAAACUGGCCCUCGAGUUCCUUGACAAAUUCGAGCGGCAGUUCGUCGGACAGAGUGCCUACGAAUCGCGCACGAUAUUUGAUUCUCUCGACCUCGCGUGGAGCCUUCUCCGCAUCUUCCCCAAGGAACAACUCAACCGCAUCAGCCCCAAGAUCAUCGCGGAGUUCUACGGCCGCAAGCCGACGAGGAAACCCACGUCGGGUGCAGAGAAGGACGCACAGGAGGACGACAAGCCCGACGAUAAGCUGAUCGACGCAUGAAAAUGGCGGGUGUAGUCUAUUAUCAUUAAUUGACCCACGAUCCCUGUGCCCAGGACUUGCGCGUGUGCGCAUACAGUGCGCGAAGCCUGGCGUC